AUGAAAACUAAACAAUCACAGGAAGCCAACAAGAAAAUGAGCCUUGAGGUUGAGAUAAAGGAUGGAAAGAGUGAAAACUCUCCUUUGCCCGAAGAAAAGCUAGUUUCGCUGAUCCAAGAAAGUUAUGAUAGUUUAAGAGAUAGCCAUGAGAUAGAUUCUUCAACAGAACCAAUUUCUAAUCCUUUAAUAAAACUGGUGCUAGAAAAACUUGAAAGGCACUCUUCUUUAUACAAGUAUAUUGUCUCAGUGACCACAUUGGACGUUGGAGAUCUUAAUGAAGGAGCUAAUGAUUUCUCAUUGAGGAACGAUACGGGCGCAUCCUGGCAAUCUAAAAGGGAUGGUAUCUUCAACUACAAGUUGGAAAGUCAAAACAACAACACCUGCUAUUUGAUCACGAUUCUUUGGCUGCACAAGUAG